AUGGAAGAGACCAACACAACAAACCUCUCUCUGAACUACAUCCCUUCUGGAUAUCUGGACUAUGGGGAAAAUAUCACAUUUGAAUGCACAAGGCUACCUUAUGGACUGAUGGUCUUUGCAGGUGUCUGUAUGGGGAUUUCUGUCUGUGGACUCGUGGGGAAUGGGAUAGUCCUGUGGUUCCUGGGCUUCCACAUGAAGCAGAACCCUUUCACCGUCUACAUCCUAAAUGUAGCUGUUGCUGACUUCUUUCUGCUCCUCCUGUUUUCCCUGCUCGUGUUGGCAGUUCUGAUCUCCACAACGAUUUGUCCUCAUUCGGUUGAUUUGAUUUUUUUCUACAUAGAUUUUGUAACUGUAGUUGAGUUUUUGUGCCACUUCUUUGACCUUAGCAGCUUGAGUCUCCUGACAGCGAUCAGCGUGGAGCGGUGUAUGUCUGUCCUCUUCCCCAUCUGGUAUCGCUGCCAGCGCCCAAAGCACUUAUCAGGCAUUGUCAGCGGGGCGCUCUGGGCUUUCGCUGGGGUUUUUGUUUCCUCCAUGUAUCUCAGCUUCAGCUUUGCUGAAGGCUACGAGACAGUAAUUGCAGGUGUAGCCAUUGCCAUUGCCAUGGCUUUGUCAUCAAUGAUGUUGAUUUCCAACCUAUCCCUCUACAUCAAACUUCGAUGUGGUUCACACCGACGUCGCCUGGGGAAACUCUAUGUUGCUGUCCUCCUCAACGUGAUCUUCUUCUUUGCCUUCGGUAUUCCUUUCAGUCUAGAGGUUUUCUUCAAUUUUCCAAGUUCACAUGAAUUACUUCCUGAGAUUACAUCUUUUCUGCUGGCGAUGGUGAACUGCAGCAUGAAUCCAGUCAUUUAUUUCCUGGUGGGGAGUUGCCGGCAGCGCCGGUUCCAAGGCUCCGUGAAAGUUGCCUUCCGUCAAGUGUUUGAAGAGAAAGCUGGGAGUGAGGGGGAGAGCCACGUGCCUGAGGACACUGCAGUGGAGACCACUGUAUAA